CUCCUCCCUUUCUUUUCCAUUUUCCGACACUCUCCACUCCACCCGCCGCCAUGCUGCGCUCGUCCAUUGUCCGCGCUUCCCAGAGCUCGGCUGCCGUCAUCCAGUCGACCGCGACACGCACCGCUCUUCCCAGAGCCGCCCCCGUAGCCUGCCAGCUCCAGCAGUCCCGCCAGGCGCACGCCAUCUCCAACCCGACCCUUGCCAACAUUGAGAAGCGAUGGGAGGACAUGCCCCCUCAGGAGCAGGCCGACCUGUGGAUGACGCUUAGGGACCGCAUGAAGACCGACUGGAAGGAAUUGACCAUGCAAGAGAAGAAGGCCGCCUACUACAUUGCCUUUGGUCCCCACGGCCCCCGCCGACCCGCGCCCCCAGAUGAGGGCCGCAACGUCUUCCUCCUCUCUUCCGCAGUCAUUGCCGGUGCAUUUGCCAUCUUCGCCUUUACCCGCAUGUUUGCCAGCCCCGUCCGGCCCCGCACCAUGACAAAGGAGUGGCAAGAGGCUACUGAAGAGUACCUGAAGGCACAAGGAAGUGAGCCCAUUACUGGUUACAAGGGAAUGAUGGUUCAGAGCAAGUCUGAGAAAGACCUGCCACCCAACCAGAAGAUCAACGAUGAGUAAACGCCCUGAAUAGGAGCGUCACAGCAAUUAGCAUACCAAUACCGAUACCUCAUUUUCCUUGAGUCCACUUCUGUUUGGUACUGCCUAUGUCACAUUGCAAGAUUAAAGCCAUAUGAGCGGCUUUGAUCGGCCAUGGUUAUAAUUGUCCUCCUUGUACAGAAUCUAGAGGCUUUUGCGUCUACAUGGCAAGCAAGAUGCACAGGCACUUGAAUAAAUGAUCUCUUUGCUACAUGAGUUGAGGACCUGUGUCGAGGCGGACUGUAUGAAUGCAAGUCACGUAGAUUGCAUUGAGUGAUGACAUUUUGUUUGGUCAGUUGCAUGAUUGGUAUUCUAUAUGAUAUAUCUACAUGUAGACGGAUCUGUUACAACUUGAUUGCCGCAUGCACGUGUUGGACUGAAUUACAAUAUCAAAACAGAUGAUUAGGUACUGGAGUUCAUUUACAACCUCCUUGCAGAAAUAUAAGCAUGUAAACA